AUGGGCAACGCGCUGGGGCCGCGAAAGAAGCUGCCGAAGGAGGACUUGGAAUUCCUGAUGAGCAACACGCACUUCACAAAAAAACAGAUUAAGCAGUGGUAUAAUGGAUUCAUUAGAGAUUGCCCUUCCGGGCAGCUGAGCAAGAAAAAGUUCAUUGAAGUGUACUCUGGUUUUUUCCCUGACGGAAACGCCGAGGAGUUUUGUACUCACGUCUUCAGGACCUUUGACAAGGACAACUCAGGGAAAAUAGACUUCAAGGAAUUCCUUCUUGCCAUCAACAUCACCUCCGGGGGUCGCCCUAAGGAGAAACUAGAAUGGGCCUACCAGAUGUAUGACAUCGACGGUAACGGAACGAUCGAAAGGAGUGAAAUGGUAGAAAUUAUUAGGGCAAUUUACUCGAUGCUCGGAGCCGACGGGUCCUCUGCAGAACUCAGCCCUGAGGCUCGAACAGAGGAGAUCUUCGAGAAGAUGGACGAAAAUCGGGACGGUGUGCUCACCAGGGAUGAGUUCAUGAAUGGCUGUUUAUCGGACCAGUACCUUCUCUCAAUGCUUCUCGCGGACGAAUCAGUGGAAUAA